AUGAUGCAUAUAGAACCUCUAAUAUUAGAUCCAAUUAAACAAUUAAAAUUCGUUGAAAAGCCAAAGUAUUUUUAUAAAACUUCUUAUAUAAAUAUUCCCUGCAUUAAAUAUAUUGAAAAAAAGUAUGUUGAUUUACACGAAAAUUAUAUUUAUAAAAAUUUUUAUGUUAAAAAAACAAUUUACGUUGAAAAAAUUAAACAUAUACCAAAGAUUGUAACAAAAGAAAAAACUAUAGAAAUUCCUAAAAUUAUAUAUAAAAAUAAAUAUGUAGAUAAACCGAUUUAUGUUAUUAAAAAUAAAAUAAUUCAUAAACCAGUAAACAUGGUAAUAGAAAAAGUUAUACCCGUUUUAGAGGGAAAAACGAGAAAUGAGCAAAAAUACUUAGAUGAAAUAGAAAUAAAAAAUUUAUUUUUAAAAAUAAAAGAUGCUAAAUAUAUUACAAAUAAUAAAAAUUACAAUAAUGUUGUUAUUAUUGCAUGUAAUAUAUUGGAGGCUCUUAUAAAAAAGAUUUGUGGUAAACAUUAUAAAGAAUUUUUCAUAUAUUUGAAGAGUUGCUUUAAAUGCUAUAAAAAUGUGUUAGAUAGUAAUAACAAUCACCAUAACAUAAAUGGUACCUUAUUUUUGAAAGGUAAAAAUAAUGAAAGCUUUUUAAAUAUAAAACGGGAAAUAGAAAAAUAUGAAGAACACGAUAUAUUUUUUAAUAUGGAAAUAAAUAAAUUUAUAAAUUGCAUCUCAGAAGAGAAUAAAAGUAAUUUAUAUAAUAGUUUUAAAGGAAAGAUAAAAAAUGAAAAAACACCUUACAUAAAAAAUAUGAAUGAAUUAAGAAAAAAGAUAAAUUUAAAUAAUUAUUCAAUUGAUCAUAAUAUAGAUAAGGAAAAUGAAAGUAAAUUUCCAUUAAUUUCAAAAAAUGAUAAAAAAAAAAGUUCUGAAUGUCCAAUUUUUAUUCCAUAUAAAGAUUUUGUAGAUAAAAAAAAUAAAGAAAUUCAUUUAUUAGAAGGGAAAUUACAUAAAAAUUGUAAUGAAAUUAAAACGUCCGAAUUAAAUAAAAAUUUUAAAAUAAAGAAUAAAAAAAAUUUUAAACAUUUUUACGAAAAAAAUUAUCCAGAUUAUAAUUUCGAAUCUUUUAAUAAUGACAAAAAUAAUAAUUUAAUUUUAAGCAAAAUAAAAGAAAAUGUAUAUAAUAAUAAAAGAAUAUUGAGAAAUGAUGUAAUAAUGCUAAAUUCUUGUGGAAAAAAUAGGAAACAAAACAACAGCAAUAUAUUAGAGAUGAAUUAUAAAAAGAAAAAUAUAAAAGAAAUAUUAUAUAAAAAAAAUUCAAGUGAAUCUGAUAUAAUUAUAGAUGAUUUUAUAAAAAAUAUUAGAAAUAAUAAGUUGUUACAUAUAACUAAGACAAAAAAAAACUCCAUAGAAAAAAGAAAAAGUAGAAAUGAAAUUUUCAAUAUAAAUUCAUCAUUAAACAGUAAUUAUUACAAACGUUUUGACGUAAAAAAAUUUGAAAAUGACAAAAUAGAAACUUUUGGAAAUGAAAAGUUUAUUAGAAAUUGUAAUAAAUCAAGUAAGUUAUUAGACUAUGGAAAAAAUACUAAAGAAAAUGAAAACAUCCUUAUAUUAUUAUAUAAAAUUAUUAAUGAAUUUAAAAUUAAUAAUGAUUACGAAAAGAAUAAUAAGAAAACUGAUGAAAAAAAGAUUAUAUAUAUUUGCAAAACACAGAACAUUAUAAACAAAUAUAAAAAAUUAUUUGAAAAUUAUAAUAAUGAUAUAAAGAAUUUGCAUUAUUAUUUUAAAAAAAAUGAAAUAUUUUUAUUGAAAGAUAUACUGGUAUAUAUCAUUGAGAUAAUGAAUAGAAUAAAAUACGAAUACAGAGGAAUGGAAAAACAAAUUGAAGAACAAAUUUAUGAAAUAGAAGAAACUAUUCGUAAUAGACAAAUAUAA